CAGUCUCGGAGAAGAGGACGUUUCGUCACUGACAAUAAAACAUACUCCAAAAAAGACCCAAAACAUGUCUCGCAGCUACGUUAUACAUAAGUUACAACCAAAAAAAAGAGCUAACGCAAUCUGAGCUAAUACACAUUUCGACAACCACGGCAACUAUGACCCUUCGUUUUUAUGUAAAUACACAUCACGUGUUCUUCCUUUUACAUUCGAUUCUGACACCUGGCGACAUCCUUCUUCAAAGCCUCAACUUGUCUUGGAGUUGCACAACACCCUUCCUAAACUCAGUGCCCGCAUCAUUUCUUUUUCUUACAAUUCUACAAGUCAGAGUUGAGGAACAAACUGCAAGAGAAUGGUGAGCUUAAAUAAAUGCAGCUCAUUUUUGCAGAGCAAUCGAGACAAAUUUUGUGUUUUGGUUUGUGUACCUCAGAUACCUCGCAUCAUUGCAAGUUGUAUAUGAAAACUAUCUUCACAACUAGCUAUAUAAAUGCACCAUCAUAAUUGUUAUUGUCCUCAAACCUACAGUAAUUCAGAUGUAUUGUACUAGAACACUGUACACAUAGUACCAAAACUUCACAUGUCACACUCUGUGCAUUAUAUCUUUGAUUAUGGAAUUUUUCUUGAGUUCUCAGUGCUCAUUUGUGCUAUUUUAAAUUCCGGAACUUGAAGGGUAACAAACACCAAGCUUUUAUUGUUUGACAUGUUGCUUCAAAUUGUUCUGAUUCAAAGUCAGAGCAAAUAAAAGCUCUAUUUAUUUUCAUUCCAGUUGAGUAAGAAUGGGGCAAAAAUAUUCAAAUAAUACAAAACAAAAUUGAAAUAUGAAACUUAAAUACUCAUUAACCUCCUUGGCAAAGAUGUUAUUUUUCUACAGAAGUUUUGGGAGAGAUGUACCUGGAGUGGAAGAUCAUUUAUGUGGGCUCAGCAGAAAGUGAAGAAUAUGACCAAGUCCUUGACUCCGUUCUAGUUGGUCCAGUGCCUGCUGGGCGGCACAUGUUUGUUUUUCAGGCGGAUGCUCCGAACACUGGUCUGAUCCCUGAAAGUGAUGCUGUCGGUGUAACUGUGGUUCUUAUCACCUGCACUUAUCGAGGCCAAGAAUUCAUUCGUAUCGGUUACUAUGUAAACAACGAGUACACAGAACCAGAACUUCGAGAAAAUCCUCCCAUCAAGCCAGAUUACACGCAGCUCCAGAGAAAUAUCCUGGCCUCAAAUCCUCGGGUUACUAGAUUCCACAUAAACUGGGAAGGAUGUGCAGAGCGAAUGGAGGACUCUGAGAACAUGGAUCCCACGUCCAACUCCAUCCCAGCGUCUUGCCUUGCAGGCAAACCCAUGGGUUUACUUCCAGAGAACUCUAUGGACCAAUUAUAGAGAGUGUUUGAGCAGUAAAGGUGUACGACCACAUUUUAUUUUUGGAAAAUGCCUGAGAACUUUCUGGUGUGGAUGUACUUGUUUGCUAUAUACCGACCCUGAGGCUUAUUCUCCAAACAGACUUCCACUUUUGGAGUGAGUGGGCAUUUGUUCGAAAGGUGAGGGCAUGGUGCCCCUUUGCUGAUUAAUAUAUGUAAUGGCAUGAAAGGGUUCAUGUUUCCUUUUUUUUGUCUGUCUUAGUGGAGUUGUUCCUCAAUAAACCUUCCGGCACUGAUGCUAGAGGCAAAACGUAUGGAAUUUGAUACCUUUGAUUGGUUUCUUUUACAGUUUGUACGGUACAUUUCUUUGACCGUACGCAUGAGUUCUCUUUUGUUAUUAAUAAAUACAUGCUUGUACCUCUUAUCA